AUGGACGCUGUGAUAAAUAUACUGGCUGUCCUUUUUCUGACAACAGUGGCCCAUAACACAGAAUCAGAAGCUCUGCAAGUCAACGUAGCAAAUGCCAAUCUUCUGCAUGAUGAUGCUAUCAAGAUUCACAAUCUGCGCAUUGGAAGAAGCAGAACUGUUUACCCUUGCGAUUGUGGUGCCUUUCCUCCCAGUUACCCUGACGGGGUUUAUGUAAUCCAGCCUAGGAAUUCACGUCCCCUGGUGGUCUACUGUAUAACUAUGGACAAUCAGAAGUGGACAGUGAUCCAGAAAAACUCCAUUUCUUCAGAGAUUGAGUGGAGGGAAUCCUGGACUACUUAUAAGUAUGGGUUUGGCAAUAUUGAGGGAGAUCACUGGCUGGGAAAUGAAUACAUCCAAAAACUAACAACCCAGCGCGCAUACAAGGCACGAAUUGUACUUAAUGUCACAAAGACUGAUGUCAGGUAUGCCGACUAUGACACUUUCAGUUUGGAUGAGGAGUCAAGAGGCUAUGCACUGCGACUUGGACAGUACUCUGGAACGGCUCCUGAUUAUAUGAUUGAAGGAAGUACAAUUCAUGACAAUAUGAAGUUCUCCACUAAGGACAAAGACCAAGAUCGUAACAGUGGUAACUGUGCCUCCUCAUAUCAUGGCGGCUGGUGGUAUGACAAUUGCUUGACGGUGCAGCUGAAUGGAAAGGGCUACAUUUAUUGGUCCACCCUCUGUCAUGGAAACUGUCAAGCCUCACUAAUAAUGAUCAGACCUUCUGAGAUCUGUCAGUAAAGGAGCCACCUUAUAUUUUAUGACAAUGCUUUUUUGUCAAGUAUAAA